AUGCAAGAAGAAGCCUAUAGGCUUGGCUGGACUGGAAGUUUUACUCUUCCACCAACGGCCGAGUGUUCGACGCAAAUGCUCUCUUCGACAGUACCUUUGUCAGCGCUAAGUCGUCGAACGAAGACGGUCAUCGGUGUUGGUAUUGGACUCGUUAUUUUUGGAUUCCUAGUUCAAAGGUGGUUCCGUCGUGAAAAACGUUCAGUUGCAACGAAGUCUUCGAGAUCGAAUGACACGUGUUCUGAGGAUGUGCAGCACGAUACCUUUCAACGUUUUGACAGAGCAGGAAAUGCAUUUCAUCGUGGUUCAUCUCGUUUACGAUGCACUCCUUCGCUUACCGAACGUGGAAAUGGACGGGGAGGCUCUCGACAAAGAAAUCAUUUCAGUACUAGUCUGGAACCAUACCCUGUUUCAGGCAAGUCAAAUUCAUUUAUGUAG